AUGGCUGAAGAACCAUCACUCCCGGCGCUUCCCGCCGUUUCAUGGAAUGAAGAGUCGCAAACCUUUGCAAAGGGCUCUCGGAAGCGCCUCCGGCCUGUGCACCCCAACACGGGUACCACAGCGCCAGGUCUAUACAACUCGAGCGACCCUGCAGUGUUCUCCAGCGACGACGAUCCUGGCCUGGACAAUUAUUCUGGCGGCCGCCGCAAGCGAAAGUAUGUUGGAUCAUGGUAUCAGCAAUUUCCGACAUCCUCGGACUCGACCUUUAGCGAAGCCCAACAAGUCCUACCGCGACCCAAACGGACUUUGAGGCGACAGCUGGAUAGCGGUGUUUUUCUUGGCAGCGAUGGUACGACCGACAAUGAAAGCAUACCUGAGACGAUAGACCUUCCUAUCCAUAGCAAGUUCCCACGCGUCGAGCGGCCACCAGUUCCCAUGUUCUCCGAGUCCGAGCACGUGGCUCAAGAGAAGAUUCGCGAAUGCCUGGAGCAAGGCAACGAGUCAAUUGAUUUCUGGUCAAUGGGCUUGGAAGAAAUCUCGAACGAAACGAUUACACCACUGGCGCAGCUUUCGUGCAUUCCGCAGGUCACUCGCGAUGUCGCAUUCGAGCAAAAAGAUCCCGAGCUCAAGAUCUACCUUGCUAGGAAUAGGCUUUGGCGGCUUCCUGGAAGUCUCUUCGAUCUGACAUUUCUUACCGUUUUGAGCCUUCGCGACAACAAGCUCUCUGAGAUCCCGUCAUCCAUCUCCAAGUUGACAAAUCUGAGAGAACUCAAUGUCGCCCAGAAUAAGCUACGGACCUUGCCACCUCAACUGCUUGAUCUCAUCGGACCCACCGGGCGGUUGAAGAAGCUGAUGCUGUUUCCAAACCCUUUCGCGCAGCCAGACCGAGCGAUUGGCGACAUUUCAGACGACGGAGAUAUGGAUGUGCACGAUUGUGUCGUGAGCAUGCGUAUCGGUGCCGUGCGGCCCGCAGUUCUGGGGAGGUUUCUCGGUCAGUCCCCGCUGCAGCUUACAACCUCCAAGGGCCGACACACAUCGAAGUUUACCUUGUCGUUUGCAACCGGAAAGCUCCCUGUUGAGUUUGCCAGACAAGACGUGAACGAUAGCGACAGCGAAAUGGUGCUCGAAGGCAGUGGUGAUGCACUCGCCGCAAAGCAAAGCCGCGUGCCUAGCCUGGUUGAGGCAGCUCUUCGGUCUUGCUAUCGCAUGUCCAAGCCAGAAAGUAUUGCGCAGUACAUCCCCAACGAGCUGCAUCAGCUGCGCACUCUAGUGAUUCAGGCUGGUAAUCAGAAACACUCUGGCGGCCUCACCUGCAGCACAUGCCGGAAGCUCAUGGUGAUGCCGGCCGUCGAGUGGGUUGAAUGGCGCGAUCUGCGUACUUGUUAUUGGCUGCAAGCAGCUGGCGGCCGCGACGUCGAUCCAGGUCACAUCGCAGCGAGAUUGAUUCCUCUCAGCAGAGCACAAGGGGAGAUUGCCGUGCCAUUCUUGCAUCAGGCAUGCUCUUGGCUCUGUGGUCCCAUGGGCAGGAAGCUUGAUCUGGGGUGGAGUCGAAACUUUGACGUCAAAGUUCUAGAACAGUAG